UGUGGGCUUUCUGUAUUAAUGGCAACACCAAAAACUCAGGCUCCUACUUUCUCGGUCUUACCCUCGAAAAUUCCAUUUUUGUCCUUCUUCUCCCUCUCUGCCUCCUCACACUCUCAGGCUCGCUCCCGACGCAAACGGCAGUUUCACGUCGCCGUCGCCCGCCGGAAAUCUCCACCGGGAUCCGACAUGUCUGUUUCCAUCUCUAUGCCUCCGGCAUCGUCCACCCGACGUGACUCCGAGUCUGAACUUCUCCUGGACUCUAGAAAUCGCGUUAGGAAAGGGGAUUUGCCAACAACCAAUGUUGAAGAAGAUAGCUCCUCCUCUAGCAAAACUGUGACUCGCAGCAAGAACAGAUAUUCACUUAAAUCUAUCACAUGCUUUGGAGUAGACCUGACUCCAGAUAACAUAGCAGUCGCUAUGGUAUAUUUUGUUCAAGGCGUUUUAGGCAUUUCAAGGCUGGCUGUAAGCUUUUACUUGAAAGAUGACCUGCACCUGGAUCCUGCAGAGACAGCUGUAAUAACUGGUUUCUCAUCAUUGCCCUGGCUUGUUAAGCCUCUUUAUGGAUUCAUCAGUGACUCUUUCCCACUUUUUGGGUUCCGACGACGGUCGUACUUAGUGCUAUCAGGACUUCUUGGAGCACUUUCAUGGAGCUUGAUGGCCGCUUUUGUAGAUGGCAAGUACGAUGCUGCUUUCUACAUACUUUUGGGAUCCUUGUCUGUUGCCUUCUCAGAUGUUGUAGUAGAUUCAAUGGUUGUGGAGAGGGCUCGUGGUGAGUCUCAGAGUAUGUCAGGAUCUCUUCAGUCAUUAUGUUGGGGCUCUUCAGCAUUUGGGGGGAUUGUCAGUGCCUACUUCAGUGGCUCUCUGGUUGAUGCAUAUGGUGUAAGGUUCGUGUUUGGCGUGACUGCGUUGCUUCCUCUGAUAACUUCUGCAGUUGCAGUGCUUGUUAAAGAGCAGCGUGUGGUUGUUCCAGCAAGGGGUCAGAAUAUCUCUUUGGGAAGUCCUGGAUUUUUAGAAAGCUCGAAAAAUAGCAUCAUUGAGUUGUGGGGUGCUGUCAAACAGCCCAAUGUACUUCUUCCCACAUUGUUUAUUUUUCUAUGGCAGGCAACUCCAGUGUCUGAUUCUGCCAUGUUUUUCUUCACCACAAAUAAACUCGGAUUCACCCCAGAAUUCCUUGGACGGGUGAAGCUAGUUACAUCAGUGGCAUCACUUCUAGGUGUUGGUCUUUAUAACGGUUUUCUAAAAAAUGUACCUUUGAGAAAGAUAUUUAUCAUAACCACUGUCUUUGGUGCCGUCCUUGGAAUGACGCAGGUUUUACUGGUAACUGGAUUGAAUAGGCAAUUUGGAAUAAGUGAUGAGUGGUUUGCAAUUGGGGAUUCAUUGAUUUUAACAGUGCUUGGUCAGGCUUCUUUUAUGCCUGUUCUUGUAUUAGCUGCAAGAAUAUGUCCAGAGGGCAUGGAAGCAACUCUCUUUGCUACACUUAUGUCCAUAUCCAACGGAGGAAGUGUUCUUGGGGGCCUAAUAGGUGCUGGCCUCACGCAGCUUUUCGGCGUCACCAAGGACAGAUUCGAUAAUUUGGCUUUCCUGAUAAUCCUUUGCAACCUCAGCUCCUUGUUACCAUUACCGCUACUCGGACUUCUCCCUCAGGAUGAUCCAGAUACCAGUUCAAAAGAUUCUGGCGAUAUUGAGACGAAGACUAACUGAAGUUGUUGAGUACCUACAACGGCUCCAGGAACUCGGCUGGGGAUACCAGGAGACCGUGAUAAUUGAUUCAACAAAUACCUUCAUGACCUGCUGUAGGAUAGAAUUUUGAUACGAGGAGGCAAAAAAGGGUAGAAUAGAAGCAUAGAGUUGUAAAUAGAAAGGAACAUCCUUGUAAACUAUAAUGCCCAUGCCCUCCUACAAACAGUCAGAAUUGGAUGUCUAUACGUUCUUGGAUCCAUUUUCAAGCCUUUUUUACCAACA